AUGGGUAAGACAAAAGACGGACGCAACCUCAAUAUUAGGAGUUAUCCGAAAUUUGUGACACUGAAAGAAGAACGCCUGUAUCGCAAGCAGCACCUGGCUGCCGCAUUUCGGGUCUUCGCAGACCGGGGUUUCGAUGAAGGAGUAGCGGGUCAUAUCUCUGUCCGCGACCCAAUCUUGACUGAUCACUUUUGGCUGAAUCCCUUGUCGAUGCAUUUUUCGCUGAUCAAGGUGUCUGAUCUCAUCCUGGUUGAUGAGAAUGGUCUAGUUGUGGAAGGCGACGAGCCUAUCAACACAGCUGCCUUCACCAUCCACUCUGCCGUACAUCGUGCGCGACCAGAUGCGAAUGCAGCAUGCCAUGCCCACAGUGUCCAUGGCAAGGCAUUCUCCGUCUUCGGACGGGAACUUGAGAUGAUCACGCAGGACUCCCUGCGUUUUUACAAGUGCCAUUCCGUUUACGACAACUUCGGUGGUGUUGUAGUAGAUCGGGAGGAGGGUGACCGUAUCGCGAGUGCCCUCGGAAACGGCAAGGCUGUCAUAUUACAGAAUCAUGGACUCUUGACUGUCGGCCAAUCAAUCGACGAAGCUGCAUUCUGGUUCAUCAGCAUGGAUAGAACGUGUCAGGCGCAGCUUCUAGCAGAUGCCGCCUCCGCAGCUGGCUAUAGAAAGAAGAUCAUCAGCGAAGAGGAAGCAGAAUACGGAGUGAAAGAAGUCGGAGGCCCGGAAAAGGGGUGGCUGGCCUUUCAGCCGUACUAUGAUGAACAGUUGGCCAAGACGAAAGGCGAGUUUUUGCACUAG